UCAGCUAGUGUGUGACUGCUGUGCUGGAAACUCCCCCAGUGGGGGCGCCCCCUCUACUGAGCUGGCUCCCUAUAAAGGGCCAACUUGAGCUGCAGAGAAUCCCUGCAGAGGAUCCUAAGAAGGCGGGUGGACCCCACAGCCUCUGCCCACAGCUACUAUGAAGGUCUCCACCGCGGUCCUCGCCAUCAUCCUCACCGCUGCCACCCUCUGCGCACCUGCGUCUGCCUCCCCAUAUGCCUCGGACACCACACCCUGCUGCUUUGCCUACAUCUCCCGCCCGCUGCCCCGCGCCCACAUCCAGGAGUAUUUCUACACCAGCAGCAAGUGCUCCAUGGCAGCAGUCGUCUUUAUCACCAGAAAGAACCGCCAGGUGUGCGCCAACCCAGAGAAGAAAUGGGUGCGGGAGUACAUCAACUCUUUGGAGUUGAGCUAGGACGGAGGACGCCUUGAACCUGAACUUGUGCAAAGUUUCCUAUCGCUUCUUGCGCUUGUCCCCACCAGCUGGGGAGGCUCCCCGCCAAGUGCUGUCCUCGCGCCCCCUCCGUGGAGGGCACAGGAGUUUCCACCACUCACAGCCCAGGUGGCAAAAGCC